AUGGCUGCAGCACAAGAUUUCCCGUGCAUGCAUCAUGAGCCCGUUGUUGCAGAGUCAUUGCCUGUAAUCGCUCAGAACUCAGAGACUGGAUGCACCGUUUUCAAGCCUGAAUCAACGGAGGCAGCGAUGAUAGCUCGCAUUGCGCCGAAGUCUUUCACUGGACUUGAAAUCUGUUUUCUUGUUAACUUCUUAACCGCUCAAGAGAAGCCCAUUGUCCAUGCCGAAGUCACUGAAGUCAUACACCUGCCAGAAGGCUGUGAACGCCAUGAUGACAAGAGACUUCGCAGCGGCUCCCUUGUGUUGCAAGAGUUAGAUGGUGAAGAGUCAAUAAUCCGAGAACCCGUUAAGCUUUCUGAAGGUUAUGAGGAACCAGACAACGAGGCAAAUUAUACGUCCUACGCCACUAAGCCUAGACACCUGACUCCGCCCAAGCCCUGGGAGCUCAAGGGUGAGAAGCUAGCUGAGUAUUGGCAGGAGAAAUACGAGUGCAUGCAUGCCAGAGCCGAGAAUCCAGACCUGAGGUUCCAUCCAAGCCAAGACAAACAUGAAUUCGAGAAGUUCAUCGAUGAGGACACCCAAUUUUGGAAUUCCCGCCAUGCCACUCAGCUUAAGGAAGAUGGUGACCUGAAUACUUUCCCCCCUGACCUGUUUUGUUGGCUAUCCUGGGGCAGGAAGGGCUCUUAUAUUCUUCAAAAUUCUUAUUACACGCGAAGUGAUCCUGAGCAUAAGUUAGAAGUCAGUGCUCCAUGGGCUACAGCAACCCUAAUGCACCACACACACGUCACUGUAGGAGUCGAGGAUGCUAUCGACGCUGCCCACCAGAACCCAGCUGCGAAAGACUUCAAGAAGGCAGACGCGCCUUCCGACUAUCCCUCAUCCGUCAGCAAGAGACAGAUAUUAGACCAGUCCAUGGCGCUAGUAGACAACAAGACAGCACCUAGAAGAAUGGCGUUGCCAUUCCUAGGGUCAACUCCCGUGGUGCCACCCAUCCAGAAGGCUGCACCACCCGCCGAUAGUCUCACUAGGCCUGUAGCCAUAGUAUCAGUGCCUAAGACUUCACUUGUAAGGCAUUUUACGGAGAAGGUCAUCAAGACCAAUGAGUGGACCCAUCGGGUUAGGGACAUAGACAAAGACUUUGUCAAGAAGUUUGUUGGCGCUACAUGCAAAUUCCAACCACCCACUGUGAUCCCCAGAGACCCCAAGGACGCACCCUCUGACGUCAAGCCAGUACUUAAGUCUCCCAGCCCCAUGGAUGAACACCCUAAGGCAGAGCGAGAUGUUAAAGGGCAAGCACGGGCCCAUACUGAAGAAGAUCCUGCCUCGACAAAGACCUCAGUGUCACAUAGGAGUUCUUGUCAGGAAUGA